CCCCAAAAUCAUCAAUCAAACAAAAUCUACACAGCAGAGAGAGAGAGGGAAUUCACAAGUCGUCAAAGAAACAAUGGGUAAAGAUCUGAGCAACGAUCAAAUCUCCUCAAUGAAGGAAGCGUUCACUCUCUUCGACACAGAUGGUGAUGGCAAAAUCGCCCCAUCAGAACUAGGUAUCCUAAUGCGUUCAUUGGGUGGUAACCCGACCCAAGCCCAACUCAAAUCCAUAAUCGCUGAAGAGAAACUCAAUUCCCCAUUCGAUUUCAACCGAUUCCUUGAACUCAUGUCGAAACACCUGAAACCUGAACCAUUUGAUCGACAGCUUCGUGAUGCGUUUAAGGUGUUGGAUAAGGAUGGAACCGGGUAUGUUGUGGUUGCGGAUCUAAAGCAUAUAUUGACCAGUAUUGGUGAGAAACUUGAGGCUUCGGAGUUUGAUGAGUGGAUCCGUGAGGUUGAUGUUGGAUCAGAUGGAAAGAUUAAGUAUGAGGAUUUCAUUUCCAGGAUGGUUGCCAAGUGAUUUCGAUCGCGAUUUGAAAUCUGUGGCUGUAAUAUUCAUUGGAUGAAAGCAAGAACCUGACUUUGAGUAAUUUUAGUUUGGUCUUUCAUUUGGCAUGUUCAAGUGCAUCUAAUUUGCAAUUUCCUAGGAUUGAUUUCGCUGUUUUUCACUUGUUAUUGUCAUUGAACAAUUUGUUAUUCAGAUGUUAUCCUGUAUGUGGUUUUUGGCAUGCUGAGACCCGUAAUCAUCUAGAACCUAAAAGUACAGUUGCUUCUUCCUUGGUGUAUAGUUUAGACGCUGUGUAACUUAAACUCGUCUUUUCAGUGUUUCUACUUUCGUUUA